UAGAGCAGAAGUUUAAUAAGCGAAAGAAAGAAAGCUCUCUGGAUCAGAGAGGGGUCCCAGAAAGAUGGGUUGCCAUUUUACAGUGAAAUGCAAGGGUUUUUAUAGAAAAGCUGGUGGGAGGGGUGCUUCAUUUACAUAAGGUGUGAAUUUCUGGGUCCCCCGCCCCACCGUUUCUAGUGCACAUGUGGGCUUCUUAGCCUGAGUUACUACUCCAUGUUGCUUAUUUCUUCCUACUGUGCAUGUGUGAAAAAGGUUGGGUGGUGGGGGGAAGAACACUCCAAGGUAGACAUGCCUGGUCCAGGGUAGCUCUUCUUAUCAGUGCCAUGCAAGCCUCUGUGUCUGAGUAUUUCUUUUUUCUUUUUUUUUUGAGAUGGAGUCCCGCUCUGCCGCCAGGCUGGAGUGCAGUGGCGUGAUCUCAGCUCACUGCAACCUCCGCCUCCCGGGUUCAAGUGGUUCUCCUGCCUCAGCCUCCCAAGUAGCUGGGAUUACAGGCGAGCACCAUGACACCUGGCUAAUUUUUGUAUUUUUUUAGUAGAGAUGGGUUUUCACCAUGUUGGCCAGGAUAGUCUCGAUCUCUUGCCCUCGUGAUCUGCCCACCUCGGCCUCCCAAAGUGCUGGGAUUACAAGCGUGAGCCACCGUGCCCGGCCGUGUCUUGAGUAUUUCUAAGAAGAGAGAGGACUGUGCUUACUGGGGCCCACCAUAUGUCUGUAUGUCACACAGGGGACCCGCUUUCUGUGUUAGAGCUUGCCUUCCUUAUCUGUGUUUCCUGAAAGGGCAACGACUUCUUAGGCUGCUUUUUGUUAGAAGGGAAUUCUGCCAAGGACCCUUGCCCUAACUAUUUGCCUAAUUGAUUUCUCUCUCUCCUCUCACAUUGAUGCUGGCCUGGCUGGAGCAGGUAGAGCUGGAAGUAGCAUUUUUGCAAGGACAUCUCUUUAGCCUCUGUAGAUUUUCACUUCAAGUCAUUCGGAGCAGGUCGGAAGCUAGGUUUUUUUUUGGGGGGGUAGCCAGUAGAGCUAAAGUGGUUAUGUAUCUGUUUCCUGCCUUCCUUCUUUCCACUUCUACAUGCAUUUUCUUGCUGUGCAGAAACUGUUUUGAGAGUGCAGACCCAAAACUGCAGAAAACCUGUUUUGGGAGUGGUGUCUGGGCACUGGCCUGGAAGCCAGCCUUGCAGACCAAGCAUGGCAGGGCUCAGGGUCUUCACUCCCUGGGAAAGGGAGGUUCCUUGCAGCCUCCAAAGGGGCCCUCCUGAGACCUGGGCAGUGCCUCUCUUUUUCCAAUAUAAUUGACAGAUGAAAAGCUGGAUAUAAACCAGAACUAAGCUCAAAGGUGAUUAGAUAUUUUACACCAGGAUUUUGAGCUUUUUGUAAGAUUUUACUGUAAAAUUAUUUCCUUUGGUCACUUUAAUAUGUACUUGAAAUAUAUCUCAUUUUGUGCUGGACGUAGUGGCUCACGCCCGUAAUCCCAGCACUUUGAGAGGCCAAGGCAGGCAGAUCACCUGAGGCCAGGAGUUCAAGACCAGCCUGGCCAACAUGGUGAAACCCCAUCUCUACUAAAAAUACAAAAAUUAGCCAGGUGUGGUGGUGCAUGUCUGUAGUCCCAGCUAUUCGGGAGGUUGAGGCAGGAGAAUCGCUUGAACGUGGGAGGCGGAGGCUGCAGUGAGCCGAGAUCGCGCCACUACACUCCAGCCUAGGUGACGGAGCAGACUCUGUCUCAAAAAAAAAAAACAAAAAAAAAAACCUCUCUGUAUAUCUCUAUCUAGCUAUCUAUGUCAUUUUGUUUGUGUGAUAGCUUUUCAGGACCAUGGUGACUGGAUAAAUCAGGUUCUGCGCUCCGUCUCCCCAUUUCCAGGUGGCUUCUGCCUGUUCAGUCCUGACACUGUUAUAAUGCCAUUUUAUCGUUUAGACAUUUGUAUGUAAACAAAUCUUGACCACUGGAAUAGUGGAAGGGGGUUCUCUUCUGGGGAGAAGGAGGAGGCAUUCAACCUGUCAGCAAGCAAAGGAGCUGGGCAGGGCCUGGAAAGCAGGAGACCAGGUUUUGGGAGACCCAGGGCACAGGGUAGCCAGAGCAGGGACCCCCAGGCCUGAGUGCUCCUCCAGUCCCUUAUGUGAGCAGGGCUCACAAGGCCUGCCCUCCCACUGCCUCUCAUACUCCAUGGGGACAAAAAGACAUAUCUAGGGGUGCUUGUUUGCAAUUUCUGAAUUUGAAGACUGAGUAACGAAUGUCAGAGUCCUGCGUUAUGCCCUCUUGGGGUCUUGCUGCCCAAAGUGAGAUCAGAGGAGCACUUUGGGGGCUUGUUGGAAAUGCAGAAUCUUACCCUCCCAUACUGGCUGUAUCUGACAAGGUUUUCAGUGAUUCCCGUGCACUUGUGGAGAAUCACAGGUCUAAUGUGUACCAACGGGGAAAAAGAAGGGAAAUUUACAGGGGCAGGAGCGCAGGAUGCUCUCCUGGGACUGCAGAGAAGUUCUGAGGACCUGACUUUGCGGUCCUCUCAUGGAUUCAUGGGUUUGUUCUCUGGGCUCAAAAUUAUAUCCCAGGAUUGGGAGAGCAAUUUUACAGUAGGGACUUCUGCUUCUGGAUCAUCCUUGGGUCAGAAAAGCACACAUGUCUGGGUGCGGUGGCCCACACCUGUAAUCCCAGUACUCUGGGAGGCUGAGGCAGGAAGAUUGCUUGAGCUCAGGAAGUCAAGACCAGGCUGGGCAACAUUGCGAGACCCUGUCUCUAUGAAAACAAAAAAUUAGCCGAGCGUAGUGUUGCAUGCCUUUAGCCCCAGCUACUCAGGAGACUGAGGUUGGGGGAUCACUGUAGCCCAGGAGUUCAAGGCUGCAGUUAGCCAUGAUCGCACCACUGCACACCAGCUUGGGCAACAAGAGACACUGUCUCUUAAAAACAAACGAACAAACAAAACAAAAAAAACCUCAUAAAACAUAUAACCCAAAGAUAUUAAGGCCAAAUGUAGUGGCUCACGCCUGUAAUCCUAACACUUUGAGAGGCUAAGGCAGGGGGAUCUCUUGAGCCCAGGAGUUCAAGACCAGCCUGGGCAACAUAGUAGUCAUCUCUACUAAAAAUAAAAAUAAAAUUAGCUGGGCGUGGUGAUUGCAUACCUGUAGUCCCAUCUACUCAAGAGGCUGAGGUGGGAGGAUCGCUUGAGCCCAGGAGGUCGAGGCUGCAGUGAGUUGUGAUCGUGCCACUGCACUCCAGCCUGGGCAACAAAGCAAGACCCCAUCUCAAAAAAAAAAAAAAAAAAGAUAAUAAGCAAUAGAAUCUAUCCAUAACUUCCUCAGUUGAAUUGCUGUAGCACCUGUUUCAAUAUUUCCACCUAGAAUGAAAUGGGAAGUGCUGGUGAGAAAGGGAAGUACUGCUGGAGCCUUGGGCUCAGCCAGAGCUCUAAGGAGACCCCCCACCUCCUGGCCCCUUUGAUUUUCUCAGCCUUUGGGCUCUCCAGAGCCCGUCCCUCCCUGCCCUGGCUCCAGCAUGCCACACAUUUUCCCUACCCUGGAGGAUUGUGCUAAAGGUCAUUGUGCUAAAGGUCUACUCGCCCGUCCGUCUGUCUAUUCAUAUAUAUUGCAAAGCCUGGGAAUGAUUUCAUAUAUUUUUUCUCCAGUUGCUUUGUCUCCCUGCUUUAUCUUUUCCCUGCUUUUAGUGUCCCAUGGGUACAACUGUGUUGACUUUUAAGAACAGUUGCUUAAGGCAGCCCAGUGUGUGUGUUAGUAACAGUGUUCGUUCAGAGCCAUCCUGGGUCGGGAGCCUGCAGGCUUCCAGACUUAUGCCAGGCACUUCCUGCCCAUCCUGCUGGCACUGUCUGAGAGUCCAGCCUGCAGGGACUGUCUCCGUCUUAGAAGGGAGGUAUCUGACCCUCUGCUCAGGGCCCACUGCAGGUCAGUGCCCGUGUGGUUACAGGGUCCCAUCCCUUCCCCGGCUCUGGCUUGGCCUCAGCUCAGAUGCCUCACGCCGGGACUUCCCGGUCUCUGCUGGGCUUUGUGUGCAGGUCAUUCCCCGGGCCAGUGCAAAGGCCACUGAUGCCAGAAGGGUCAGACCACCUCCCUCGUGAUGAACCAGCAGAACAUGUGGCCGGGUUGCUCCUUAAUCUGUCGCCCGCCACGAUGACUAUCAUGGUGGAGGACAUCAUGAAGCUGCUGUGCUCCCUUUCUGGGGAAAGGAAGAUGAAGGCGGCUGUCAAGCACUCUGGGAAGGGUGCCCUGGUCACAGGGGCCGUGGCCUUCGUCGGGGGUUUGGUGGGCGGCCCACCGGGACUCGCCGUUGGAUCCAGUCUAAGACACCGCAUUGCAUUGAAUCGCCUGCUUUCUUAGUCUCCUCUGGCCUUUAACACUUUCUCAGACUUUCCUUGUUCACAGCCUUGAUAGUUUUGAGGAGUACUGGGCAGGUAUUUCGUAGAACAUCUCUCAGUUUGAAUUUGCCAGUUGUGUUUAGGAUGGGACUAGAGUUAGGAGUCUUUGGGAGGCAUGCCUGGGAGGUGACGCGCCCCUCUCCCUUGUCUUGCAUUAAUUCUGGGGGUAUGUGAUAUUCACAUGACGUCAGUGAAUUCACCUUGAACACUUGGUUAAGGGCAUGUUUGCUGGGUUUUUCCACUGCAAAGUUUCUGUUUCCCUUUCCAUACUCUGUCUGUUGAAAGUGAGUCACUAAGUCUAGUGGGCUUCAUCUUUAAAUAUCUGAUUGGUGAUAUUUAAAAAUCGUGAGAUGUUUUAAAGCUACAAAUCUGGUAUUUUGUGUGGUAGCAAUGAACUGGCAUGAAGUAGCCACUGCCACUCCAUAGGAACCAAGCUGUCCAGCUCUUCUGUGUCCUGGGCCUCGGAAGGUCCAUGCAAUUCAAGGCUUGGUUGGCCCAGACUAUAGACUGGGAGGAAGUCAGAGCCUGCCACCCAUCCAAUCUCAGCAGGGGAGAGGCCGGGUAAGGCCCAACCGCCCCUUCACUCUUCUUAGUUCCUCCCUGGCUCUUGGAGGCACUUGACUUUGGACCCCUUCCCUAGGGCACCUUCCACUCCUCUGCACCAUAUUCUGCACGUGGCCUCUUCAGGUAGAACUUUCCGUGGAUACAAGGUCUUUAAGUCCCAGAAUAGCAUGACAUAGCCUUGGCAAUGAGUUUACAUUUAACAAUAAUGUUUCUGCCCUUUUAGGGUGGCAGAAGUAGAAGUAGUAAGCUACCUUACAUUUGAUAUUUAUUUUUAUUUUUUUGAGAUGGAGUCUCACUCUGUCACCCAGGCUGGAGUGCAGUGGCACAGUCUUGGCUCACUGCAACCUCUGCCUCCCAGGUUCAAGUGAUUCUCCUGCCUCAGCCAGUAGCUGGGAUUACAGGCACCCACCACUAUGCCUGGCUAAUUUUUUGUAUUUUUAGUAGAGACAGGGUUUCACCAUGUUGGCCAGGCUAGUCUCCAACUCCUGACCUCGUGAUUCACCCACCUCGGCCUCUCAAAGUGCUGGGAUUACAGGCGUGAGCCACUGCGCCCGGCCAGUUUGUUAUUUAUCGAUCAUACAACUUGGAGGGGUUCUAUGAAAAGCACUGCUUCAAGAGGAAAGAGCCUCCUUAUCUGUCCCCAGGUCCUUUAACCACAUGGGUUCACUGAAGAUUUUGUAAGUUCAGGGGCAAGGAGCAUAUCAGCUGCCUGGUGGAGGAAAUGCAGUCUCACCACUGAGGUGGUUUCUUUUUUGGAGACAGAGUCUUGCUCUGUCACUCAGGCUGGAAUGCAGUGGUGUGAUCUCGGCUCACUGCAACCUCCACUUCCCGGGUUCAAGUGAUUCUCCUGCCUCAGCUUCCAAGUAUCUGGGAUUACAGGCAUGUGCCCCCAAGCCCAGCUAAUUUUUGUAUUUUUAGUAGAGACGGUAUUUCACCAUGUCGGCCAGGCUGGUGUCGAACUCCUGACCUCAGGUGAUCCACCUGCCCUGGCCUCCCAAAGUGCUGAUAUUACAGGCAUGAGCCACCGCACCCAGCCUGAGAUGGUUUCUCUUGAAAAUGCAUUUGUGGCUGGUUGUGGUGGCUCAUGCCUAUAAUCCCAGCACUUUGCGGGGCCGAGGUAGGCGGAUCACCUGAGGUCAGGAGUUCAAGACCAGCCUGCCAACAUGGUGAAACCCUGUUUCUACAAAAAUACAAAAAUUAGCCAGGUGUGGUGGUGUGCACCUGUAAUCCCAGCUACUUGGGAGGCUGAGGUGGGAGAAUCACUUGAACCUGGGAGGCAGAGGUUGCAGCGAGCCAAGAUCAUGCCAUUGCACUCCAGCCUGGGCAACAGAGCAAGACUCCGUCUCAAAAAAAAAAAAAAAAAGAAAAGAAAAGAAAAAGAAAAUGCAUUUGUUUCUCAGCCUUCUCCUUUGUGAUUAGAGAGGGAUUUUUACAGUAAGCCCAGAAACCUCCGUCAGCUCAUGAAGAAGAAAGUGGGCCCAGCACUGAGGUGGGAGAUGGGACAGGCAGGCUUCAUGUUGCAUCCUUAAAUGUGGAGCCCAGGGAAUGCAUGUUGGGUGUCAAUUAUCUGAGCCAAAUGGACAGAAGACUGCAUAAACCUUUGCCCCCCACACUGGCUGGCGGAGCAGGUGUGGCACCGGCUGAGCCCGCUGCAGCCCGCUCAUGAAUGUGCCUGCUCAUGGUGAUGGUGGUGUGCACUCAGUGGGAACUUAAGUAAGGCCAUCGCUUAUGAAUAAGACCCACUAAUUGAACGAUUCCAUGUUUUCUAGGGGGGGCUGUCGGGGGGCUGUUAGGUGCCUGGAUGACAAGUGGACAGUUUAAGCCGGUUCCUCAGAUCCUAAUGGAGCUGCCCCCUGCCGAGCAACAGAGGCUCUUUAACGAAGCCGCAGCCAUCAUCAGGCACCUGGAGUGGACAGACGCCGUGCAGCUGACCGCGCUGGUCAUGGGCAGCGAGGCCCUGCAGCAGCAGCUGCUGGCCAUGCUGGUGAACUACGUCACCAAGGAGCUGCGGGCCGAGAUCCAGUAUGAUGACUAGGCCGCACCUCCGGGGAGGUGGGGGGCCCCUUUAGAUGACUUUGUGACUCUGAAGAGGUGGCUUGGGAGUUGGGAGAAGCCCAGCGGAUGCCCCUGGGGGAUCUCCACAUCAUCAGUGUAUUACUGGUAAUGUCCUGCUGGAGAGGCCACCGCUGUGCAGUGUCACGUUCCAGAAAUUACUGAUGAAGCAGCAUGUGUUGGUGGCAUGUGCACUGGCCUGCCAUGACAGCCCUCUGACCGGCCCCCCAGUGAAGAGUAAAGGCCUGCCUGCCGCAGGCUUCGGAGGCGUCUGCUGAGUCCUCUCACCCGCAUGGGUCUGGGGAAGUGAUCACGCCCAGCCGACGGUCUGAUCACACUUCAUCCUCCCCCCGGGGCCUUCUCAUCUUGGGAGAUGACUCCUCUUCCAAGCACCUGCUGCAGGACUGGAUCCCACCCCCCUGCAGGCCCUGGGGUCUCAGGGCCUUGGAGCAGCCCAUGCUGGAAUCAUGUUUACCUCCUAGUGCAACCCUCCCCUACCCAGGGACUGUCGAAUGGUCCCACGGAGGGGACGGGCGGCCUGCUGAGUGAAGCCACAAAUACCGAGUGGACUUGACCCCGGCCCCCACUAGGCUGCACACCUAGACUCGCCCUGCCAGGGCCUCGCUCUUCCCAUCUGAAAAGUCAUGGUAGUUCUUGAGGUUUACUUCUCAAAUGAAAUAUUUUCAGUAAAAAGUACAGGCAUAUCUCGGAGAUAUUGUGGGUUCAGUUCCAGACCACCUCGGUAAAGCCAACAUCACAAUAAAGCAAGGAAGCGCAUUGUCUUAGUUUCCCAGUGCAUCUAAGUCAUGUUUACUGCAUAUUGCAGUCCACUAAAUGUGCAAUAGCAUUAUGUCUAACAAAUGUACAAACCUUAAUUUAAAAAUAUUUAUUGUUCAAAAUGCUGACACAGAAACGCAAAGUGAGCACAUGCUGUUGGAAAAUGGUGCCAAAUAGACUUGCCUGAUGCCAGGCUGCUACAAACCUUCAAUUAAAAAAAAAACACAGUAUCCACAAAGCAUAGUAGAAUGAGGUAUGCCUGUAUUGCUCUUUCUGAAGUGGUGUGAUAUAAACCAUCUCUAAGAAAUGUUUCUACCCUAAAGAUUUCCCCAGUACAGUCAGCUCUCCGUAACUGUGGUCUCCACAUUUAGAUCCAACCAGCCUUGGAUAGGAAAUAUUUGAAAAAAGAAAUUGCAUUGGUACUGAACACGUACAGACCUUUUUUUCUUGCCAUUAUUCCCUAAACAAUAUGGUGUAGCAUAUUUACAUAGCAUUUAUAUUGUAUUUGGUAUUAUAAGAAAUCUAGAGAUGAUUUAAAUUAUACAGGAAGGUGUGCGUAGGUUACAUGCAAACGCUAUGCCAUUGCCCAUCAGGGACUUGAGCAUCCUCAGAUGUCGGUGUCUGAGGGUUGAGGCUGCAGUCCUGGAACCCAUCCCCCAUGGAUACUGAGGCAUAGCUGUACUGUGUGCUUUCACUUUGCUUUCAGAACUACAACUUGAAUGUGAUCGAUUACAAUAAAUGUUUUUCUAAAAAGCCA